AACGUAGACAGCGCAUGCGCGGACAUGCGUGCUAUAAAUCAACCGGGAUUGCAGCUCGGAUCGCGACAAAGACGCUUGUUUCGGAUGCAGAAAUGGAGGUAUGGAGAACAAGUGGGAAGAGCUAUUCACCUUCCUGUCUGUGGGAGCGUACCCACCAGGGUAUGAUAAGUCCCAGAGAUUAAGUCUUAGGAGGUACGCCUCCAAAUUCACACUACAGGAAGGACAGCUCUUCUUUGGAACCAGAAGAGCUAUUAGAACCAAAGAAGAGGCAAGGAUGCUGUUCAAGGAAUUUCAUUCCUCUCCACUGGGGGGGCACACAGGCGUUCUAAAAACACGCUCUGCCAUGUGCUCCAGAUUUUACUGGCAUGGCAUGACCGUUGAUGUGGACAACUGGGUCCUGGAGUGUGGUAAAUGCCAGAAGCCUCUGACAGCUCCACAGCCAUCACAGUGUAUUACGUGUCAACAAGAAGAACAGUAUCCCAAAGCGAAGCGGAAAAAGCCGUCGGGGGCUCAGUACCGGAAAAGGAGGAAGGAGGAAGAGGAGAGGCGUAGGAGAGAAGCCAUUCUAAAAUAUCUAGAGUCAAGCUCAACAGCCGAUGAAGUUCCGAGCACGUCUUCCUCAGGUGUUCCUGUUUGUUCAGAAUCGCUUGACGAAAUGAUGCAUCGGCCGGCUGCAUCUUAUUCUGCUGAUGGGAACACGAGACUGACCACCGAUUCCACCCUGCCGGUUUACUCAGACGUAACAGAGACAUCCUCCCCUGUGCUGCCUGUUGAGGUGAAAACAGAUGAACCAAGUGCUGCUGAUCCUGCUGACUGGCCUUCAUAUCUGGGUGACACUGUGAGGACAGUCAUAGUGGGCAGAGGACCGUAUCAGUGGCAACAAGACGAUUAUUCCAAAAUGAAGAGGAAAAAGCCAUCGGGAGCUCAGUACCGUAAAAGGAGAAAGGAGGAAGAGGAGAGGCGUAAGAGAGAGGCCAUUCUAAAAUAUCUGGUGUCAAGCUCAACAGCUGAUGAAGUUCCGAGCACGUCUUCCUCAGGUGUCCUUGUUUGUUCAGAAGCACCAGAGAUUUCCUCCUCUGCCUUCCCUGUUGAGAUGCAAACAGAUGAACCGUGUCCAGCGGAUCCUGCUGACUGGCCUUCACCUCUGAAUGACACUGUGAGGACAGAAUUAGUGCUGAGAGGACCGUAUCAGGUACCCCCUGAUUUUGUGUUUCCAAAGAGAGAUGGUGCGAGAAGUUGCCAACACCUGUACUUCUUCAGAACCUUAAAAAAUUGUGAGAAGGUCAAAAGAAACUGGUUGAUAUACUCCUACAAAAACAACAGUCUUUUUUGUUUCUGUUGUAAACUUUUCUCUACCAAGACCAUUCAUUUAAUAAAUGGAGGCCUGACGGAUUGGAAAAAUGCAACAACUCUGUUGAAUUCGCAUGACCGUAGUCCUGAUCAUCUAAGGCACUUGGCAUCAUGGAAAGAAUUUGAGUUGCGGCUCAAGGCAGCUGAAGCUGUUGACAAACAAGAGAUGACCGUCCUUGAUGAUGAGAAGCGGUGGAGAGCAGUGCUGGCACGGCUAAUUGCCAUUGUACAAUCACUAGCAGUUAGGAAUAUGGCACUAAGAGGAGACACGGAGAAACUCUAUUGUCCUUCAAAUGGAAACUUUUUGAAAGAGGUAGAGCUUCUAGCACAAUUUGAUCCUAUAAUGAAAGACCACGUCCAUAGGGUUAAAAGCGAGUAUUCACACCUGAGCUACUUGGGCAAACACAUUCAAAAUGAGCUCGUUGAGUGCAUUGGUGCAAAAGUUUUAGCAACAGUGGUUCAGGAGAUAAAGCAGUCAAAGUACUUCUCUCUCAUUUUGGGCUGCACCCCAGAUGUCAACCAUACAGAACAUCUAUCAGUGUUAAUCAGAAUUGUGACACUGGGAGAAGACCCUCAGGUCAAAGAGCACUUCAUGGGCUUCCUGGAGGCAGACGAGUUCACUGGGCAGAGUUUGGCCACCUUAAUUUUGCAGAGGCUGGAUGAUUGGCAGAUUUCCUUUGAUGACUGCAGAGGACAGUCUUAUGACAAUGGCGCCAACAUGAGGGGGAAAAGCCAAGGAGUUCAGGCCACGCUACUGCAGAAAAAUCCAAGAGCAUUUUUUGUUCCCUGUGGGGCUCAUACCCUUAACCUGGUUGUUGCUGAUGCUGCAAAAAGCUCAAACGAUGCCAUGGGAUUUUUGGGAGUCUUGCAGAAGCUCUAUUCACUGUUUUCUGCCUCUACGCAGAGAUGGGCCAUCCUUGCAAAACAUGUGACCAUUACUCUCAAAAUGUGGUCUGAGACAAGAUGGGAGAACCGAGUGGAGGCUUUGAAACCUCUCCGAUAUGAAAUGUCGGGUGUGAGAGAGGCACUGCUUGAGGUGAGAGGCCAGACCAAAGACCCAGUCAUAAAGGUCGAGGCCCAGUUCCUGGCAGAGGAGGUGGGCUCGUUCCGCUUUUUGCUUUGCACAGUUAUCUGGUAUGACAUCUUGAAUGAGAUACAACAUUUGAACAAAGUCCUGCAGUCUGAAACAAUGCAGGUGAGUGUAGCUGUCAAUCUGCUGAACCAUGCUGAAGUUGCUCUGCAGAACUAUAGAGCCACGGGCUUUGUGGCUGCACAAAGCUCAGCCAAGGACAUGUGUGAAGAAAUGAAUGUGGAGGAAGUCCUUACACUAAAGAGGCUGAGGUCUACAGACAGGCUGUCUUCCUACGAGUCUCCUGAUGAGCCAGAACAUGAUGCCCUUAAGAAUCUUGAGGUGAACUUCUUUAACAUGGUUGUUGAUUCUGCCAUCUUUGCUGUGAAGGAGAGAUUCCAGACUCUUGGGGAUGUUGAAAACAAGUUUGGUAUUCUGUCCAACUUCCAAAGCCUACCUCACCAAGAUCUGAUAGAGCAAGCAGAGGCGCUUGGGCAUGCUUUGAGCUGUGGAGGACAGUCUGAUUUGGAUGGAAGGGAGCUUGCUCAGGAGCUGCGAGACCUACCUGACUUGCCAUCACAGACCUUCAUGGCUCUGGAGUUGCUGAAAUUCAUACAAGCAAAGCAGCUCUCUGAAAUUUACCCAAACCUGUGGGUUGCUCUCCGGAUUGCAUUGACUCUACCAGUUACAGUAGCUUCAGUAGAGAGCUUUUCAAAAUCAAAGCUCAUCAAAACCUACCUAAGGUCUACAAUGUGUCAGGAACGCCUCAGCAGUCUGGCUGUAAUGAGUAUCAACCCUGACGUUGUUGGUCGUAUUUCAUGUGAUGAUGUCAUAGAGGACUUGGUGGGGGGGUGCCAGCGGUAAAGCCGGCUGUGGGCUCCACAUGGGCUUUGAUCGUCGUCGUUCUACAAUGUAACCUCCCUCCAGGCUGGAGUCAGGAUUGGACAGCUGAGACUCUCCCUCACACACGCCUACACACCCCCUUACACUCUAGAAGCUGCCCCCCAAAUCUUUCUUGAAGUAAAAUUUUGAAUUUUGAGA